AUGGGACCCUCUCGCCCCAGUAACUCGGACUUUUUCAAGUCUCCGACCCUGCCGUCAUAUAAAUCCGAAGAAGAACAUGAAGAAGAAGAAGAAGAAGAUGUCGGUCUUCUGAGCGCUACUUCCAACCGUCUUCAACAUAUUGCCAGCCAAAGGCUCCUUGGAAGGUCAAGUCGGUCACGAUGGUACAGACUUCUCGUCCUUCCGGUCCUGGCCCUCACUGUUUUCUUCCUUGGUGCGGUCGCUAUUGCCGGUAUUGUUGUUUACACGCGCGAUUCAGGACAUGGGGGAUCUCAAAACACCGGUUCCAGGAAGAAGGUGUUCAGUCUCGCUGGUGAACUGAAUGGAUUGGUGCCUGAGUUCGAGGUCAAGCCUGUCGUCUUCGGGAAAGACCCGCUGGCUACUUCGGACCAUAAAACAGAAGCAUCGGCAAAUGCCACCGAAGGGAACUGGCGGUCUUAUAAACCUGUUGGCCAGGGCUUCAUAGCCGUCGACGACCCAUCCCAAUACACCCUUCCACAACCCAUUGACUUCCAAGACCAAACCGUCUACUCCAUCAGUGUGUUUCAUCAACUUCACUGCCUUUACACUAUAAUGCAAGCCUACAACUCCCUUUCAGAACCCAACCAUGACCACAACCCCCCUUCUGCCGCUUCCCAAGGACAUACACGCAGAGACAAUGGCCAUCACAAUCCUUCCCAUUCCCAGGGACACACCAACCACAACCACAUAGACCACUGCUUCCGCUACCUCCGCCAGUCCGUCGUCUGCUGCGGCGACACGGCGCUGGAAGGACAGGAUCUGAAUCACCCGGAGUUGUCGGCAACGGAUGGGACGGGGGCGGUGCAUUUGUGUAAGGAUUAUAGGGCUUUGAAGGGGUGGGCGGAGGAGAGGAGGCUUACAGAGGCGGUUUGA